CCUUCCAUUCCAAACGUCUAUAUCGAAUGAUACGCAGUCACGGUAAGCACCGAAAUCUAACAUCUUCGAAUUGCCAGAAAAAUGGAUCGAAAGGAUGAGGUUCUGCAGAUGCACCUGUUGCGAGACUACCGUUCGUCCAGCACGAGAACUGAACUGCACAAACAGCUUUUGGGCAGUCCGCGGUCAAGGAACAUCAACUUCGUUCGAAUUCUCUUGGAGAAGGGGGACGACGUGAACAGGAUCAAGGAAAAUGCGAAGUAUGCCGCGAUCCACUACGCCACGGAAAAAGGUCACGAGGAUGUUCUACGGGUGCUGCUGGAGAACCCUAUGGUCAAUCCCAAUCUGCAGGCUGCUUCUCAAACCGCUCUACACAUAGCAGUGAGUAACGACAACCUGGUAUGCGCGGCACUAUUACUGGAGAAGGGGGCUAGUCCGAACGUGGUUGACUGCAAAGGUCGGACCCCGCUUCAUAUGGCGGCUAUGAAGGAGCAAAGAGCUAUGGUGGAAUUGAUCUUGGAUAAAGCGACAUUCCCCCCAGACCUGGACAGCUACAAGGAUUACAACAAAGAGACUACGAGGGAUGUUCUAAAGAGGCUGCUACCGGACCUAUUGCUACCUCCUCCCGUAGAUAGACGUCCGGAUGUGAACCUUCUCAAAUACCACCUGACCGCAAACGACGAGAAGAGUUUCCUGGAGUGUCUAAAAAAUAUUUCGAACAAUGCGGAGAUCGAUGCCGAGAAUCUGAUCGCGAUGGCCGCCCAGCGAAACUUCGAGAACGCGAUCUCCGAAUUGUUUGAGAGACGACCUGUCAGUUAUAACUUAGAGAAAGCCGCAGACAUAGCGAUCCAGAAGAACUCGCCGCAUAUUCUCCGUCUCUUACUGAACAACUUCGCUGAUAUGGUCGUCGAGGCUGCGAACAGGCUACUAUUCACCGUUUGUAUCGACCUAGGAAUCCCUGGUAGUGAUGACCCGCAGGACUCGUCGAAUCGCCUCAAAUGUCUCAGAUUGGUCCUCGAGAGGGACCAAGUAAACGUUCGUUGUACCGACGAGAAAGGAAAUACUCCUCUUCACUAUGCGGCAAGAGCUGACAGUCGCGAAGCGACGAUGUUACUGCUGGAAAAGGGGAGCUACAUUGGCCACGUGAACAAAUUCGGUUCGCCAGCAGUCUACGACAUAUCCGCGUCCAUACUGUCUCAAUACUUCGACGACUGCAUCCAAGCCGAUAAAAGAGAACAUACAAACAUCCGUGUAAUCAAGUUCGACUACAGAUGCUUGAAUCCUCACAAUACUGAUCCGGAACAACGCAGACGAGAGAUGAACCUCUUCCAGUAUAUCGCCGGCAACGCCGAUUUGAAACAUCUGCUGAUGCAUCCCCUGCUGUCCUCGUUCAUCUAUCUGAAGUGGCAGAAAAUACGCCUCGUCCUCCGUGCGAGCUUCGCUUUCCAUUUGCUUCUCUACGUUCUACUGAACGCAUAUAUCAUUGGUGCAGCGGGGACAAGAACAUUCACAAAAUCUGACAAUCAAAUUUCCGAAGCGUUACCAGAGAUACCACCCGCUGUUAUUAUUUUCAGAACACUUGCCAGCAUUGUCCUGUCAAUACUUGCGUUUUGGAAGCUGUUCCAGCUAGUCACGUCGCCGUGCUGUUACUUAUCGAAUUUUGGGAACUGGUGCGAACUGGUGUUGGUGGUUCUUGAGUUCCUAGUAUUAUACGACGUGGGCCCUGAUAGCAUGGCUGCUCUAGUGACACUGCUGUCCACUUGGCACUUGGUGGUCAUGAUGAGCCAGUACUCCUGGCUGUCCGCGGACAUUGAAAUAUUCAAGACGGUAUCCUGGAAGUUUCUGCGGUUCUUGGCCGUCUACGCGCUCCUCAUUUUCGCGUUCGCGUUAGCCUUUUUCGUCCUGUUUCAGCAAAACGAGAAUUUCCUGGACCUUGGUCAGUCAAUGUUUAAAACCAUUAUCAUGCUUACCGGCGAAUUCGAUGCAGACGAAAUACCAUUCAAAUCUUAUCCAUACAUGAGCCAUCUGGUUUUCGUCUUGUUCGUCUUUCUGAUCGCCAUAGUACUGCUCAAUCUUCUAAAUGGUCUGGCGGUGAACGACACAACCGAGAUUCUCGGCAAGGCCGAGUUGAUUCGCCUGAUUUCCAGGGUCAGGUUGAUUUCUUACGUUGAAAAUACAAUAAUCAACACGGACUACGAUCACGCACCGCAUUGCCGGCUAUCGAAUUGCUGUCUUCAUAACUGGCAGUGCAAUCCUCUCGUUUUCUUGGCGCCCAAGGUCCUUAUGUUCCCGAGGCAUUUAAAUAAUGGUACGCUCAGUAUUGAGCCUUACAAUAACUCCAAGAUGGACUCCGGUAUUAUCAAACGAGCUAGGGAGAUUCUUUCAAGGAAAGAUCGGGAAUCGGACAGUGAAAGGAUCAUCGGUGAAUUAGAAAAAGUGAAAAAAAGUCUGGCUUUGAUCGAUGUUUCGCUGAAGACCCCAAGGCCGGGCCUCGACAACAAUAAUAGAAAAUGUGAUGAAGACCCCAGGGUGUCCCACAAUUAU